CUGCUGGCUCUCGGUGCGCUCGGCUGGACUGCGCUGCGCUCCGCGGCCACCGCGCGCCUCUUUCGGCCCCUGGCUAAGCGGUGCCACCUCCAGCCUAAGGAUGCCGCCAAGAUGCCGGAGAGUGCCUGGAAGUUCCUCUUCUACCUGGGUGCAUGGAGCUACAGUGCCUACCUUCUCUUUGGCACUGACUACCCCUUCUUUCAUGACCCGCCCUCCAUUUUCAAAGACUGGACGUCAGGCAUGGCAGUACCACAGGACAUUGCAGUCGCCUACCUGCUGCAGGGAAGCUUCUAUGGUCAUUCCAUCUACGCUACGCUGUACAUGGAUGCCUGGCGCAAGGACUCAGUGGUCAUGCUCAUCCACCACGUGGUCACCCUGGUCCUCAUCGUCUCCUCCUAUGCCUUCCGGUAUCACAACGUGGGCAUCCUUGUGCUCUUCCUGCACGAUAUCAGCGAUGUGCAGCUGGAGUUCACUAAGCUCAACGUCUACUUCAAGUCCCGGGGCGGCUCCACUCACCGGGUGCACGCGCUGGUGGCAGACCUGGGGUGCGUCAGCUUCAGCCUCAGCUGGUUCUGGUUCCGUCUCUACUGGUUUCCACUCAAGGUCCUAUAUGCCACAUGCCACUGCAGCCUGCGCUCAGUGCCCGACAUCCCCUUCUACUUCUUCUUUAAUGCACUCUUGCUGUUGCUCACCCUCAUGAACCUCUACUGGUUUCUGUACAUCGUGGCUUUUGCUGCCAAGGUGCUCACUGGCCAGAUGAAUGAACUAAAGGAUGUACGGGACUACGACUCCGCAGAGGCACCAAGCCCCAAGCCCAGCAAAGCCGAGAAACCGCUGAGGAACGGGCUGGUGAAGGACAAGCUCUUUUGAACCCAUCCACCCCCACCCGCACCCUCCUGAGUCCCGGAUCAACCAC